AUGGCCGAUGAGCCCAAGGGACCGCCUCCAUCGUAUGAGGCGGCUGCAAUCGAACAUGGCGCUCUUCCCACAAGACCAGGGCCUCCUCCAUCGGCGACAACAAGCGGCAAGCCUAUGCCUCGCGCCCCCUUCCCCCUCGAUAUACCCGUCCUCAACCAAUUGCGAGGAAAGAGAAUAGUCCUUGCAUCGGCCUCCCCUCGCCGCAAGCAAAUCCUCUCCACUCUCGGGCUCCCGAACCUCGAAAUCAUCCCCUCCACAAAACCCGAGAACCUGUCCAAAGAACAGCUCGGGCCUUUCGAAUAUGUCCUCCAGACCGCGAUGCAGAAAUGCCUCGAUGUAUACACCACCUGCCUCGAUAACUCGCUGGCCUCGAUCCCCGACCCCGCCGUCGUGAUCUCCGCCGAUACCGUGAUUGUCACUAACGCUGGCCGCAUCCUGGAGAAGCCUCGCAAUGAGAGGGAUCAUAUUCAUAUGCUCAAGAUGCUGCGUGAUCAGAAGUCACAUAAAUGCUAUACGGCGGUGGCGGUGCUCGCGCCGCGGGAAGAUGCCCGCUACCCGGGCUACAACACAGAAACCUCAGUUGAGGAGACCAAGGUCGUGUUUUCGCCAGACACAACCGAUGAGCUGAUCGAAGCAUACGUGAAGACGAGAGAGGGCGUGGACAAGGCGGGCGGUUAUGGGUUACAGGGCAUGGGCAGUUUGCUGAUUGAGCGGAUCGAGGGCGCGGCGGAUAAUGUUAUAGGGCUCCCGCUAAGGACAACAUUGGCGUUGAUAGAGAAGGCGGUGUUGAAUCAAGAGGAUGUUGACGAAGAAGAUGAAUAUGGGGAUGUGUAG